AUGUUUCUUUGUGGUUCUAGAUUUUACCCCAUCAUGAGGCACAAGGUAUUAAAUUAAAUUAUAAACUUUAAUUUGUUGUUAAAUUUAAUAUGUUAAUGGGCACUAGUUCAAUUUUUUUUGUCUUUUAAUUCAAAGUACUGCUUCUGGAAAAGUUUCUAGCCAUUUUCAUCAACUUGCUCAGUUAAUUAGUUGUUUAUAAUAUUAUAACCCUUUUUUUUUUAAAUUAAAGUCUCUGUAUCCACAAAAUGUUUGGACUCUUGUGUUCCAAUAUUAUGAUUCUGUCACUAUAUUUUUCUUAAUUUUUUUACAACUGUCAAUAAAGAUAUUAAUGUAUUGAAAAUAUAAAGCUUAAUAUGAUAUAUUCUUGUUUUAUAAAAUUUUCAAUGAAUGCUGAAAUGAACCAAGAUAUAUUGUAAGCAGUUAAACUUUGUUUAGCUGAAACUUAACCUGAUGAUCUUAAGGUUUUCUUGAAUGAUUUUUAUCCUUGUUCCUCCUGUUAGAUUCAAUUCUUGUUUCUUGUUUGUCAUGUUGCAAGGUUUACUUUUUAAAGCCAAGUCUGCUUUCUAACAGGAGGAACAUAGAUGUGGCAACACAAAGACAGGGCCCAGUUUUAUAGACACCCAAAUGUUAACACACAAAUUUGAUGUGAUGCAUUUAUCUUUGAUUGAAAAUCUACCAUACUGUUUCAGUGUCCACAUGAGUGUUAUCAGUAAUUUAGCUAGGUGCAGGUGACAAAUGACUCCAUUUGUAAUUAUCAUCACAUUUCUGCAUCAUAGUGGUCUUAGAGUUUCUAAACAAAAUCCAACCAAGCCAUUCCCACAUUCCUUUGAGCACAAGUUCUGGCUUCUGGCUCCAGUUGUUCGAAAAGGUGGAUAGUGCACUAUCCAGCGUUGGAACAACAGUACUGGAGCCAGGACUGUAAGUGCAAGUCGGAGUGUGAGUGUGAGUUUUCAUUCCAAGAUUUUUGAGCUGUAACAGGAAAUCUAAUCAGCAUGAAGUUUUUUCGUUGGCUGGUUAACAACAAGAAUGAUUUAAAGUUCUAAAAACACAGGUAGUUUGCAAUUUCAAGGCCAUACUUGUAGUUAAUCUUAAUUGUACUGUUAGUCCAAACUUAAAUAUCUUGCUAAUGUUAAAAAAACUAUUGAUUUCCCAAGAAUUUCAACAGUGUUCCUAGGUGAGCUUUUUUCAAAGUUGCGUUUUGAUGACCUAAAAUUGUAGAAUGGUCACCAGGUAGAUUAUAAGGGCUGUGUUGUGUUGAAUUAUUAAAGGAACAGUUAUUUCAGAAAUGAUCAAAAUGGCUGCCCAUUGUUGGAUAUGGAGGUGGACAUGACAUCUCAGAACUUAACUCCUAGACAGCUAAGGUUAAAUGAAUUGAAUUUAAGGACAGGUUGCCGAUUUGGCCACUUUUACUGCAAUUUGAGUCGCCAAUAUUUUCUUGCUGUGGCGACCAAAACAAUCACAGAGGGCUGUACAACAAAGUCAUGUUUUCCUUUUAUGUGCCAUCCAACAGUGACGAUAAUGUGUAGUUUGAAAUUUUUUGUAGGUGAUGGCAACAGAUCCAGUGCAGUCAGAAUCUAGCAGUGUCCUAGAAACAGUGCCAGUAAGAUAAAUUAUUACUGCACUUUUCAACAACAUGCAAACUCUGAAAUUUAAAAGCCAGCUUACAAUUGCGUUUUUUUGCUGAAACACACCAAUUACAAAUCACAAACCAUGAACUUUUGAAUUCGUUGAAGUGAACUUCUGUUUCCUAAGAGGUCUAAAGUGACGGACAGCAGCAAAGAACUUAAGCAUUGGUUGGCUUUUAAACAUCAGAAUUUGUUUGUUUUUGAAAAUUGCAGUAAAGAGAACCAAAAUCUACAUGGAGACUGUUUCAUGUUUCAGGUUUAUGAAAUCUGUUUGUCAUUGCUUAAUAAAAGUUACAUAUUACAUUGGGAUAAUUCAAACCUUAGAGAAGAAUGUUUGAGUUAUUGGGAGUUAAAGUUAUCGAGAGUAAAAUUAUAUAGAAAACGAUCUGAAGGGAAUUGAAAAUUGCUUCGAGUUAGCAGGAGGUUUGAGUUAUAGAGGUUGUAAGUUACCGUAAGUGGACUGUAUGUAAGCCAUUCAAGAUCAAGUCAAAAACCUUUCUUGUGAAAAUGAAUUUCUUUACAUUAGAAUUAGAAAAGUCGUUUUUCUAUCAAAGACUUUGCACUUACCUUGGUAACUGAGGAACUUGUCCUUAAACAAUGUGUGCUCCAUUUUAGGCAAAAAGAGCCAGGCAAGAGAACAGUGAUGAUGAGAAGGAGAGGUAAAAUGUUACUGUUGUUUUUUGAUCAGGGUACAGUGUUGAUGUAACAUACAGCUCAGUUUAAUCUUGAUUUAACUACAUUCAGGUAUAAAAUUGUCUUAUUUAUAAGUUUUCUAUUUGACGUAACUAAAACAGAAACUUUGGUUUACAGCAGUGAUGAUUCAAGCCAAAGCGGAUCUCCUACUCAUCGUCCAGUAAAUGGCCCACAGAGGGAAAGCAAACCAUCUUCUGGGAUGACGAGUGUCAUUACAUGCCAUGAAUCAGAGAAGAAUGACUCCUCCUGGGAUGGAAAUGAAUCUACCAUUACCGUGACCAGUGCUGAUCUCGGAGUUGGAGGACCAAAUGUUGUAGCACCAGUAUCCACGGUAGCACUAAGCUAUCCCGCAUCAGAUGGGUCAACCACCAUGACAAACUUAGAUGGGUGUGGCUUUGGAAAUCAAACCAUUGUGACUGGAGUAACGGACAGCUCUGGUCAGUACCAGCAGCUUCAAGGACAGUACACUGCCAAUAAUGCUGGCUACUAUGGCCAGCGUCCUUAUCCUCAUAUUGUUCCUGCCCCUCAGCAGGGGAUGCAGCAGUAUAAGACUACUGGUGGUGUUAUUCAGGGCACUGGAAUUGCCCAGGUUGCUGGGUAUGUGUACCCGCAAACUGGACCCCAACCAGGAUACCCCAUGGCUGUACAGACUGUGCGAUAUCCAGCUGUGAAUCCAGCUGCUGCAAAAACAGCAGCUGACAAUAGGAAUGUUUCUCAAGGGGAAAGCCAUGUAGGCAACAUUCCAGACAUAUCGACGCUUCGACAACCAGCAAAUCCAGCUUAUGGCAAUCCUUAUGGAACUGUUGUUACAUACCCUGCUAUUAUCCAGACUGGACAAGCAGUAUAUAGUAAUCCAUAUCAAGCACCUUACGGGACAACAUACGUAGUAUCUACAGGAACCCCAACUACUAGCACCACUGCAUAUUCUGUUCAACAGUCAGACCAGCAGGGUUCAUUUCAGUAUGGAUACCGUACUAAUCCACAAACUUAUCCAUACAACUAUCUCAACACUCCACCACCAGCAUAUUCGCCAUCCCAAUAUAUCACGCAGAUAAACAAUACGGCACCUCCCAAUGCUGUGGCUGGUCAGACCAGUACCUACCAACUCACACAGCUUGUAUCAGGACAGGCAAAUCAAGCUGUAACCACUAAUGGAGAAAGAAACCAUUCUGCAAGCACAGGUAUUUGAUAAAUAAUAAUGUUUGUUUAAUUGUCUUGAUUCAUUGUCGUUUACCACAACAUGUAUAAUUAUAUUGCAAUAACAGGAAACAUAUCAAGAUGCACCUCCCACAUUAAAAUUUUUGAGCUUUAACAGCCUAUAACUUCAUCCCUUAACUGACAGAUGACCAGCGACAUCUUGACUUAAUUAGCCAAUCAGUUCAAGCGUCAGUUACUGUCAGUCUCAGAAUACAGUGAACACCUAAAGUAUGUUGGGAAUGCAGGGUUUGAGCUAGGAUUUGAUCACUGGGGGACAAUUUGUCCCCUUGGCUAAAAUUUUGGGGGACAUUUUCAUUUUUAGGGGGACAGAAAUUUGUACACCCUUCCUUCUUAGCAAGGCUUCUGAUAGGUCUCGGACGAAAAAGUCAAAUUUCGCAGGAUUUUUAGGGACAAAUUCGCGGAAAAAUCGGCCGAUUUCGCGAGCGUUUGCGGGGCAAACUUCACCGAAAAGCAAUCAGUAAAAAACGGCCGAUUUUGUGGUUAUUUUCAAGGCAAAGUUCGCUAGAAAUUGAUCGGUUUUGCACUGAUCAGACCAGCCUUUUUAACGUUUUUCUAACAGAGGUCAUCAUUUGCUCUUUCAACAACAGUACGCUCCAGAAAUGAACCAAUGGCAAAGCCUUUAACAUGAUGGCUAGUACCCAGUUUUUCGCAACAUAAUCUGUUUGCACGUUUCAGUAACAAAGUUCCAAGACAAAUUUGCAAGUUUACGGCAAGUAAAUAGCCCCUAUAGCUGAAAUAAGUUUCAAAUAUGUUGUACAGACAUGUAUUUGAUAAGAUUUCUACCGAAUUACGCGGCUCCGUGACCGCGCGAAAAAUCAGAAGCCCUGUCUCAGAUUUCCGACAAAAAUAGCAGUAGAGCGUGACUGAAACGUAACUUUGGAAUGAACUUUAAAGGUGCGAUAAAAUAUACUUUCCACGUUCUGUUUCAGCUUGCAACUUCUGUACCGAAAUAAAUCUCUUCGUGUGUGCUUCCUUUCGAGUUUUUUCCCUAAAUUUUGAAGGGGACAAAUUGUCCCCUUGGCCGUUUUUUAAAGGGACAAUUUCAAUUGCAGUGCGGGAUUGGCGCAAUGGCGCGGCCUGGCUCAAACCCAUGGAAUGUUGAUUGUUCAGUGACCAAUCACAACAAAGAUCAGGACUCACAAGCUGACUACAAAACCACUAACUUAUAAAUUACUGUUGAUGCCAUGGUUUAGUUUUCUCAUGCCUGAUUGGCCUGAUUAUUCUUUGCUACACGACAACAUUCCAGAAAUAUUUCCAAUGCGACUCUCUCUAAGAAGGACUGUACAUGUAUCUCCUGAUCUGGAGCGUGUCUGCUAUAACAAGAGUUGAAUAAGUAUAAACACUGUAGGGAGCGCAUUGCCAUUUGCCAACAAUUUAUUGAGAUUUGACUGCCUCUGUUGAAGACAGCAAUUUCCCUGUUUUUUUAAAGUCAACUGCUAGAAGUGCUAAGUUAAUUAAUUGUGACUGACUGCCCGCUCAGCUGUAUUCUUGUAUCAGUUAACAUACAUUUACCAUUAUUGUUGUCAAUUAACAGAAGAUCGAUUUUUGUUAAGCCUACAGAGUCAUGAUCGUACAUGUUAGGGCGUUUUACCUGAGCUGUCUUGCAUUAGAGAUCUUAUUAAUUUAGUUGCUCUGAACUUUUACAGUCAGACCGGCAAAACUGUGAACACUUGAAAUAAUUCAGGAAUGUUUUAUUGUGUUACGACCAAUCACAGCAAAAAUCAGGGCACACGAACUGUCCACAAAACCUCAAACUAAUUAACAUUCUUGAUUGUAGUUUAGUUUCUUAAGCCUGAUUGGCUUUUUCCUAGCAACACAAUAACAUCCCAGAAAUAUUUCUGGUGUUCACAGUUUUCCCUGUUUGACUGUAAGUACGGAAUAUCUAUUUAUGAUCAAAAACAAUCAUUUAAUGCAAAACAAUAGUGAUGACGAAAAUCUAUUUAGUUAUCUACAUGUAGUAAAUACUUGAGGGAAUUUGUUAUCUGUUUUCCCUUUACAAAAAUCCUGUUUUGUUCAUCAGAUGAUCGUGAAUAAGCAAUUUGAGUUGUAGUCUCCUUUGCUUUUGCUGCACUCAAACUGCCUGUUUUCAAGAUAAACGACCAUGUAGUUGUAUCAACAAAGGAUGCUCACUUUUGCUUAAUUGUAACAUGACUUUCACAACAAGAGAUGACCCUGAACAUUGCCCUUACUGCAUGGAUUUUUAACACUGCUUUUUAAUUUUUUGUGGAAGAUAUGAAGAAGCAGCAACUUGCUACUUAUCAGCCAUAAAAAGUUGUCUGCUCAAGUGAGCUGAGCCGUACACGUAUUUAUUCUCUGACAAAAUAAUAUUUUGUUCAUUCAGUCAUAAGCUAAUAGCUUUUUUAUCAGCUGUCUCAGACUUUUGAAGUGAUGUUUUUUUUACUGCAGAUGUGACCAUCUUUCUAUUGUGUGCCUUUUAAAAAUAAUUUGGUUACAUCGUUAUAUUUCAUUGCUACAGUUUCUUUCAUGCUGUGUUAUUCAGUUAUCUUUUACCCCAAAAAAGUGUGUGGUAAAUUUUGCGGUGCUUAUACGGAUAACUGAAAUAAUUGUACUCUUUAAUUUCACCCUUGAAGCCCCAAUACCCCCAUACAAAUUCUCCAGCCUGUUCUCCAUAAAUUUCCUUACAGAAUUGGUUGAGAAAAUUUGAUGAAAUUGGCCUUUGGCGAUCAUUCGAUUGAUUCUCAUUACUUUUUUUCUUGAUUAUAGUUUGAUAGUUUUUGGAGAAAAACGAUGUUGGUCACUCUUGCAACUUUAAGGGUUAAGAGACUGAUAACAGUAGUUUCUUUUUAUUGAGGUCACAAACAUGUUUUAUGUUCCAAACAGUUAACAUAAAAAAAUAGUACUGUAUAAUAUCAUUGUACUGAAAGAAUGUUGCAGAGUGCAAUUUUUUAGCUCUCUGAUUUUUUUAACAUGUUAAUUGAAGGUGUUCCAGUUGUUUUUCAAUAAUAAUUUUCAGCAUGUAAAAAAUACAAAAUAUAAUAUCCUGUCAUGCUUGGGUUUACAAAAACAGAAUGAUGUUAUCAACAAAAUUAAUUAAUCAGGAAAUGAAGAUUAUAAGGGCAUUGUUAGAGAAAGCCCACUUUGCUGCAUGGAGGAAAAAGAGCAGUUUCUGUCAAAGCUGAAAUGGACUGAUUUUCUCUACUUUUUCUUUUUUAAUGCAUGUUGGCAUGUGUUCCUUUCUGUGGAGCAUUUGUUUAGAUGGAAAUCCAUUUGAUGUGCCAAAUGUUUACUUUACUUUGUAAUGAAUUAAUUAAGACCUCUUUGGUGGCAUAGAAGCCAUUAGCAACACAUAUGUUGCUUUCGAGUAUUGUUUUUGUAUUUUUAGUUCAACUGCAAACUUGACUAAAAUGCCUGCUGGAUUUAUUCAGCUUGGGAAUGAAUUUAAUUGAAGCUUUCUUCAUUGUUUCAUUAAUGUUUUUGGAGUAAGAAUCCUUUAUUUUUAAUGCUUUUGAGAAAAGUAAACUUUUAAAGGAAGGAGACCAUUAGCAUGAACAAACAGAUGUUUUCAACAGUAAGUGCAUGCCAUGGAGUCAAUUAAAAUAACAAUAGAAAAACAACUUAACUCCAACUACACAUGUACACACACAUCUGCAGUGUUUAAUUGAUGCUUUUACAAAACAUUAUUUAACCAUCCAGGAAGUUUGCCAAACAGAGGAAAUGUGUUUCUUCUUUGUUUGGUUUUUGCUAAGAGAUGAUCUCUUUAAUAAAAACUACAAAGUUGGGUCUUAGUUUGCCUACAUGUGAGAAUUAAUUGCUUAAAGCCACAUACUAUUUGUUGGCGUCCUGAAAGCUUUUGGCAGACAUUAAGGAGUCAUUGUGUACAUAUAUACUCAUAGAAACAAGUAGUUUAAAGUAGGUCUUUCCAAUUUUAUGUAAAACAGGCUUUGGUCAUGCUCACAGACUUUUGUCUUGUAAAAUGUGUUCUUCCAAGGAGGAAUAAAUAAGGAAUUUUGUCCGAAAAGAAAAAAACGCCAUUGUAAUAGGUUUAUUGGCAUGAAUUGCUACUCAGUUUGUUGUGCUGAAUAUUGUGUAGACAUCCCUGAUAGUUUUAAUAAUGAGUGAUUGUGUGAAGUGAAGGGAAACAUAAGAAAUUGUAUUAUGCUUAUCUCAUAAAGCAUCAGGAAACAAUCUGUUUAGACCCCAUGGGGUUACUGAUUAUAUGUCUAGGCGCUUGGAGGGUCAGAAGGUAGGGGUCAUAAUUUUUUAAGACUUUGCAGGAAUAAAAAAAGAUAUGUAUAAUUUUUUUUGGCCAGCUUUAUAUGCUGCAAAACAUUCUGCAUGCACUAAAUCAGAUAUCAUAUACUUAAAAACAGUCAGUCUUAGAUGCAAGUGAGUUUCUGUUAGAUGGGUUGCCCUACAGAAUGAAACUAGAUUAGCCAAGGGGGUCUGUUCCUCAGACAAGAACUACCCCUCUGGGUGAAAAUAUAAAGUAAUUUGCCACCAAACACAGUCACUGCAUUUGAUGUGGGUGGAGGAGGAGGAGGAGGAGGGGUAAAUAUUAAAAAUGGGCAUAUUAAUUAGUGUGGCUUACGACAUGAAAAAAAAGCUUGUAGUAGAACAUACUCUCAACUUUAUGUCUGUUUAGAGAUCAGUAUGUAAUAUAAUAUUUUUAUCGGCCAUUUCGGAGUUGCGUAGAGAACUGGGGCGAGUUUCAAAUGUAAACUAAUCAAUAAGCUUACAUCUCCAUAUAAGAUGUGGAGGUUGGUGCUCUAAGGUUGAAAAGGGAUCAAGUUAUGACUCUUGAAACAUGGUUAAAGAUCCAUACAAAUGUCUGUAAUUUUGUGACAGCGUCCCGCAAAACCAUAUAAACUCUUAAUUUUUUUCACGAUUUCUGUGAUAUUCCUGAAAAUGGGCAAACAUAGUGAUUUUCAAAUUAGUUCCUUCCAAGUAGUAGAUGCAUGACGAAUUUUACAGUUAAAAAGAAAAACUAAAAAAUAUUUUAAAGAGUUUAUAUUGUUUUUGGGGACACUGUCACAAAAUUACAGACGUUUGUAUGGAUCUUUAACCAUGUUUCAAGAGUCAUAUAUCUUGAUCCUUGUUCAACUUUGACAAACAACCAAUCUGAACAUGACCUUUUGUAUGGUGGUGUUAGUUUAUCCAUUAGUUUAAGUUUGAAACUCACACCAGUUCCCUAUGCAAUAAAAUCUCACAAUUAGUUGGUUUCUAACCAAUGAUUAUCCAGUUGUGUGGGGUCAGGAUUGAUUGUGGACAAGUACUUGUAUGAGGCAGGGGGAGGCGCAAGUAAGCUACCACAGGGAACAUGUUUGAUGGGUUAAUGAGAAUGAAGGGAUAGGGAAGAAGAGAAAACAUCCAGAUUUCAGAUCUGAAGAGGCUGGAAUCUCUGAGCAUGGUGUGAAGCUGUUACUAAACCUGAAAAUACUAUGUUCUUUGGCUCUUUAGUUACCAGUAAAAGAUGUGUUUCUUAUGCUUUAAUACUCAGGCAAUGCCGCCAUUCAGUAUUCGCCCAACCUUCCAUCGACCCCUAGCCCUCCUCACUCACCAGUGACAGGAACAGAGAACUCUCUCACCAGUGUGGCUUUAGUGUCUGCAAAUGUCGGAAUGCCUGGACAAGAUGGAGUAGGUGGGGUGCAAACCCUUGUUGAUUCAGGGACAACCUCACCAGGGAUGUUAGUUCAGGGAGGGAAUAGAGGGCGUGGUCGUGGAGGAAGAGGUGGAAGAGGCCGUGGAGGGGGCAGGGGAAGAAGAUCAACUUCUGGACCACCACCUGAGAUUGACCAUAACAUUGAGGUAAUAGCAUCUUUCCACGUUAGUUUUUUCAAUUUUUUUUAUAGACUAGUUUGGGAAAAUCCGUACAUGUCAUGGGCAUCUUCCUGUAAAUAAAUGAUGUAGCAAUACCAGUAUGCCCAGCUGGGAAAAGGGGAAUGGGGUUGGGGGGGUUGAAAUACACUCUCUGUAAUGGAAGGACCUCUUGGAGAAACAGCAGUGAAGUCAAGCCAGAACGUGAUGUAGACCCUGGGAUCAGCAAUAUUUAAUAAAAGAUAAGACCAAGCGGAAUGCUCAUUGGGCAGCUUAUUUUUACUUACACAGUAGCUCUUCCUGUCCCUGCUGAAGGUGAGUUCUUUGGUCUCUUUGAAAUGUAUAGGAUGAAAACAUUACAAGUUUUAGCUGUCCCAUCAGCCUUGUAUUUUGUUUUAUCUUUUUGUACUUUGCUAAGUAGUGCUCAUAAUGGCAAUUUCUUCUCCUGGCAUUCACUUCUUGCUUGUUUGCAUGAAAUUGCUACAUCUAGAGUCUCCUUUCGGCCUGGUUUGGCGUCAUUUUUUGUGCAUGUUAACUUUCUUUCUUGAAUGCCCUGGCAGCUGGGAGAAAUGAAAGGUGGCAGUACCCCCGGUAUUAAUAUUUGCCAUCUAGUGAAUAUUGGCACCUAAUGCUGGAGGUAUAUAAUAAAUCCCUUUUCAUCUCACUUUCAAAAGGAGAGUAGAGAUGCUUCAGGCUGCAUCAUGCUUCAGGAACUGUGUUACCUGCUGAUUGUUUGGGUAAUCUGUGGUUCAUACCACUUUACCUUCCUACACUUGGCCCAAAAGUUUUUCACAGGCAUAAAAAUAUAUUUUGAUGUCUUGAAAAAAUAAACAGUCAAACUUGUAUUAAGUGGCCCCCCUUGAGAAAUGGCUUACUGACCACUGAAUGCAGGUUGACCAUUUAAUACGGGUGUGGCAAACCUAAGACUUACUCAAGAAAAUAAGGAUGGUGAAAGAGCAAAAUAUCUGUCUCACUACAAAACGACCUCAACAUGCCUCUACCUCUUCUUGUGCCCUCCAAAAAAGGAAAUUGGAUCAGACCAAUAAAUGCCAUUCACACUGUUUCUGUUGCACUAGUGUGGCACAAACUGUCAAAGUGACCGUCUAAUAGAGGUGUAGACAAUGCAAAUUAACUCAUUGGGACCUCGAAAAAGGUGAUUGCGACCACUUAAUUGAGGUGACCCCUUAGUACAGGUCAGUUUUAUAGUGAUUGAGGGAAAUGAUCUCUGGUACUAUAAAGAGGGUGACUGCUACAAGUUUGAUUGUAUUCCCAUUUUUACACCUCUGUUCGCUGUUUUUCAUCUAACUGUAUGUGCUUUUUACAUUUUAGCGUAUUUUUAUUUGGGAUCUUGAUGAAACCAUUAUCAUUUUCCAUUCACUGUUAACUGGGACCUUUGCUUCCAAAUUUGGCAAGGUAAGAUGGUUGCCCUGUUCUAUUGAACAUCGUUUUUGAGGGUUAUUUUCAAGGAUUUACAGCAAGCAUGCAUAUAUUUUGGUUAGUCUGUAUGUCAUUCAAACUGCAUACUUAACAGAGGUCUUCCCUUUACAUGGUUCAAAAUAACAACCAGUCAGCAAACAAUGUCCAGCCAAGUGACCAUUAGUUUGUCUGGACAAACUUCUAGUUUGCCAGUCAAUUUGACCGGACAAAUUUGACCGGACAUGUAUAUUAGUGACCAGGCGGAGAGUCGUUUUUCACUUUGUGUUUUUGCUUUUUGGGCUUAUCGUGUUAUUUUUAACAUUUUGACUGGUCAGACAAGAGACUUUACUGAGCUAACUCAGCUCGUUUGUUGAAAUCAGAAUGGACUAGGUGCAUUUCCUCACAGGAAGUGACAAUGGGUCUUUAAUUCAAGGUGGUAUGCUGUAACAAGCGAACAGUAAUGAAGUCUCUUCGCAGGCAUUAGUAACCUGAAAGGAUCCCCGUUAUUUGUGGAUUGACUCUUGGUAUUUCUCUCUUUUGCAUAGGAUGCACCUAACUCAGUGUCUUUAGGACUUCGCAUGGAAGAAAUGAUUUUCAAUUUAGCAGAUACUCAUUUAUUUUUUAAUGAUUUAGAGGUAAGAGCCCAGAAAGUUGAAUGUCCUUGCAAGGUUUCAGUUGAAGUCUAGCUAUUUUAUUCAGUGAUCCCUUUUCUAACAUUUUUAGUUAAACCAGUCGAAGUCAUCUCAUUUUUCUUGUAUUUUACUCCAAGGACUGUGAUCAAGUUCAUAUCGAGGAUGUUGCGGCAGAUGAUAACGGAUUAGAUCUAAGGUAAUAUUAAUAAUGGAAUCCAUUUACUGAGAGAAGAACACUUAAAGUGUUACUUUUCAGCGUUCGAAAGUAUGAUUGGUUACACAUCAACCAAUCAUAACUAAUGCUUGUCCACCUAAGCGAUCCCAGAAAUCACCGCAUUCAAAGCUUGUACCCAUUCUUCCGAGAGUUUUUGAAGUGGAGAAUACCAGCUUGAAUCAGGGCAAUCGAACUCACAAUUUAAGGCAUAUAAUUUAUCACAUAAACUACUUAGCCGCAAUUACUUAAUGAACGUACAGAUACAUUUGGACGUUGUUUCUGUGUAUUUUUGCCUGCACAUAUGUUUAUAUUAGCUAAAAAUAGUUAUACAGCUUGCUAAAAAUUGCAAAAAUAAUUAAUUUUCAGCAAGAAAAACUGGUCUUUAAUGAAGUGAUUUCUACGAUCUACAAAUGUAUGGACAAAAAUUGGAAGUUGUGGUUUUAUUUAGGAAUAAAAAAAAUCAUGCCCGAUUUCUUGGGACUACAGGUGGUGGAAGUGCGGGAACAAGAAAAAAUUAUGCCGUGAAAAUUUAUCGUUUUAUAAGCCAACUACGCAAAAUUAUUUACACCUCAAAUGAAUCAACUUGUAUCGAAACGACCGGUAAGCCAGGUGGUGUUGUUUAAGUAAAGAGUUCAUGUCCUACCCUCACCAACCCCGACUCCCCACCCCGGCCGUCAAGUCGUCAGACGUUUGAAAUAAGCGCCAGAGGCGCUUAAUCAAGGAAAUCCAAUAUUCACUCCAGAACCUCUUUGCAUGUGUGCAGUACCUACAAUUUUGAGGGAGAUGGAUUCCAUGCUGCCGCGACAUCAGCUAACCUGUGCCUGGCAACUGGCGUCCGAGGCGGAGUAGACUGGAUGAGGAAACUAGCUUACAGAUACAGGCGGAUAAAGGAGAUCUACAACAGUUACAGGAAUAAUGUGGGAGGUAAGUAGGAGCUGAUGUGCAUUAUUGUUAUUUUUUGAAGUUGUCAGUUUAUUUGAAAAUUCUUAAAUGUUAAAAUAAAAAUUCAAGAUUUUUAAGGUCCUUGACAAUUGCAGCGGGUGAUGGAAAAAAGUCCUUGAAUUUCGGUGCUAACUUUAUCCAACCCAGAUUCUCAAGUGCCUAACGGAGCAAACACAGAAAGACCUUCAGGAUAAAAUUACUCAUGUUGUGGAAGAACUAAAAACUACAUAGACUCAAGGCUCUUUUUUGCACUGAAUGGAGUCCUUGGAAAAUGGGAAAUGUGUUUUUGAAAGUCCUUGAAAAGUCGUUGAGUUUUUAGUUUAGAAAAGGGUACGAACCCUUCCCACCCCACCCCUCGCUGUUUCUCCUGCUCAUAUCUCUUGGUGCCGUUUCCUCCCUCUGAAAUCCUGGAACACUGAGGCUCCGCGCACUGCUAAGUGUCCUGUAAGAGCGAGUGUAUGACCUUCAACUGUCGCUUUUCAAAUUGAAAUAUAAUACUUUGGAAUUUUUACUGGCAAGAGGCGAAGAAACACUCCAGCUGCAAAGGAGUAGAAAUGAAAACUUCGACUUCCCAUACUGCCUCUGAUUAUUAAGUGACAAUGGUAACGGAGACAAAAUUUUCCUUUGAGUAAGCUGGACAGGUAACCUUUGCUUGCAUGUAGGGUAUAUCUCUUGCCUGUUGCGUUAUCAUGUGAGCACAUUUUGCCGAUGUUGUGGCCAGGAUCAGGCGUUGGUGUUAGUGAUACCUUCUAGUAAAGUUGCUGGUAUUUAAAUUGUUGUUGUUGUUUUAAUUUAAAUUAAUGUUUUACUCUUUAAAGGUCUUCUUGGUCCAGCCAAAAGAGAAACGUGGUUGCAGUUACGAAUGGAAUUGGAGGCAAUUACAGAUUCGUGGUUGACGCUUGCUUUGAAAGCAUUAACACUCAUACAUUCCAGGUGAGUACUGCGUAGCAAACAAAGAAGAGUGUUCAAAACAGAAGGUCACUGCCUACCAUGUCGCUACAACUAGUAGUAGUGGUUUUCUUGACGAUUGCAGUUAUUUUUCGCUGGUGAAAACCUGUAGCCUAUAGCCUAUAACCUGUAGCCUGUAGCCUAACCUGGAGUCUCGUGCACUCAAGCUAUAAAACCUCCUUGCAAACUCAAAGUUAGUUCUUUUCCCCUUCCAGCCGUUUCCUGACUAAUAGACCUUAUUCAAGAUGCCCGCCAUCUUUGCACGCCCUCAAGCACUGAUGGGAUAAAAGCAAUGUCACGUGGUUUGACGGGGGGCGAACAAGUGAAAAAAUUUGCUAAUACAUGAAACCGCGGUCGACUUUGUUUAUUUUAGACAACAGAAAAUGAAGAACUUUUCAUCUUAAAGACGAUAAUGGCAAAUUGUAGGUGGAAUGAUCAUUGUUCCUUUAUUGAUUGCAGCAGCGACCGUAGAUGUCCUCACAGCAAGCAGUGAUGUUGUAAAUCUUGUCGAAACUCGAACAGUACAUUUUGUAUGACUAUUAAAUUGCGUCUCGUUUUUACAGAAUAAACAAAGUCGACCGCGAUUACUCGUACUGGCAAAUUUUAACACUUGUUUGCCCUCUGGAAUUCCACGUGACCUUGCUUUUAUGCCAUCGAUCCUACAGCGGGUGAGAAGAUGGCAGUAUCGUGUAUAAGGUCUACUUACCGUCAAUAACUGCGACAUUGUUUCGAAUAGUUACAACAUUGUUCCAACAUUUCAACGCUGUGUUGCGCUACAAAUCGUCAUGGGAAUCGUCCCGUGUAAAGGUUGAUUUCCACUGACGCGUUUUUGGCUACGCACGGUAAGGCACGAAAAUUUGAAUCACGUAAAUAAAGUAGAGGCAAGAUAUAAAGUGUUGAGGUUAAACGUAACGAUGAGCGAGGUUCUAUUUUUACGCUCACGUGCGACGCGUAAAAAUUACGCGACACUGGAAAUUAACCCUAACAUCAACUUUAGCAAGAAGACACGCGCACUGAAAUCGCCACACAUUAAAAAAUCCUUGACCGCCUCACUUUUUGAAUGAAAUAUUUUGUCAAACAAUUUGGUUUUUCUUUUUUAUCUUUGCUCACUGAUUAAAGCUACAGGGUGGUAAAUGAGUUUUUGUUAAUCGGCGGAGUUUGGAACUUUUUUUAAAAAAAAGUUAAGAAGUAGGCCAUUUAAUUAGCAGUGCGUUUUUUCAUGUUGCAGGUCGAAUUGUCUUAAUAUAAUGGUGACCACAACACAGCUUGUUCCUGCACUUGCAAAGUGUCUUCUCUAUGGACUUGGUGGGAUUUUUCCACUGGAAAAUAUUUAUAGUGCUACAAAAGUUGGUAAGGCUUUCUUCCUUAAUUACAUAUUAAAUACAAUCCUCUGCUUACGGACACCAGACUACGGAAAUUUAACCUCCGAAGCCCAGCAUUAUUAACUUCCUCUUUAUUGGGUACGGUUGUAGGCAGUCAGUCUAACCGUCUGUUUUUAUCCGGCGAUUAUCGGUGGGAAGCUUAAACUCGAGUCUGAUCGCCAUUACUUGGGUAUGUAAAACGCUGCGAUAGCUGUCUUCGGGGAAUUGCUUUGCUUUGAACCCUCGCUAACAGAUAUUUUUGGCCUAAUUGUGGGUUAGACUUACUGGUUUAAUUAUACUGCAGAGGCGGCGGAGCGUUUUUAAACGUGGCGGAUGGGGCCCAUCUUUUACUCAGCCAUACGCAUGCCCCUACUCAGAUUUUCUAAGAUGCCCUUUGCGUUGUUCAUUGGCACAAGCAAUCGUGUUUGCAGUCUUCAGUGUCUCGUGUGUCUGUAAUCGAUUUGUAACAAUGCAUCAGUAGGCAGUUGUUCAGGCGGUCCUGCUUCGCGCUGCUUCUUAGGUAGUUCUGGAGUUGUCUGAGAAUAGAAAAUCUGUGCUCUGAAGCCACAGGUAACUUCAAAUACAUCCGUAAGAGUUUGUAGCCAGUUUUUAUCCAGCGCUAGCGAUAUCUUCGGCACCAAAACGUGUAUUGAGAUCGAGCUUUGCUAACUUAUUCAGAAGCCCCUGGUUGUGUCAGUUAAAGUUGUAUUUACCUUAAAGGAAAAUAAGGAUGAGCUUAGCCUGUGUACAGUCCCCCCCUCCCCGGUUUUGUCAUUGAGGGGAGGGGGUGGCUGUACACAGGCAAGGUUCAGUGUCCAUUACGUUAUUUAGUUGCUUUAUAAACUUGGGACUUUUUCACGCUUUGUUUCAUUUUCAAUAGGAAAAGAAACCUGCUUUGAAAGAAUCUCAAAUCGUUUCGGAAAGAAGUGUACCUAUGUAGUCGUAGGCGACGGACGGGAUGAAGAAAUGGCAAGCAAGCAGGUAAAAACAACAGCAACAGUAAUGUAGUGAAAGAUAUUGUUGUUCGUGGAUAAUGUGCAGCGUCGCGAUCAAUAGCUAAGUAACGACGAUAAACGACGCCCUUUGUAAACAGUAAUGUAUUGUUUUGCACUUUCGGAAAGAAAGAAAAAACGGUGUUAGACUGUUUCCUAAGAAAAAGUUUACCAUUCUGUUCUACGCUGUCACCAUUUGUGAUUGGCUAAAAAUCUGGCGCCAUAAUAUCAACCGAUGAGGAUUAAGCUCUCUGCUAUGCGUGACUUGGUCACACGCCUUACUCCGCAUGUAGUCAUCAUAUGUUGGCUUCAGUUCAUUCAAUUGUACCUUACGAGUUUCUUCACGGCUCGCGUCGCUGGCUCUACUUGGUAGGGUUUUUCUCGCCUUCUCAUUUUAGCUCUCCAGUUCCUUUUUUCCUAUUAGAUAGCCUAUCCCAUGGUACAAUAGAGAAAUGUUCAAAAACAAGCCCUUUUACUGUUUAUCUUUUGGUGGCGAUUUUCUUAUUCUUGACGUUUGAUCAACCAGCAACGGUGGCGAAAACAUCGCUUAAAAGUGGUUGGGGUUGUUUCAAAACAAACCAUAUUUUCCUCGAAGAAUUUGUCAAAUGUAGCCGAAAAUCCUGUUUGAAUUCCUAGUUCCCAAUUCAGGAAAAAGAAUUUUUGUUGUUUGCCACCAACGUCCGCCAUAAAACGUGAAACCAGCAAUAAUCAGGACGUUGUCGUGCAAUGAUCCGAGAACAUGAUGCAGCGGUGGCUAUUGUUUUAAUACCGUAUUUAUUCGAAAACGUCGCUCGAAUUAGCGCCUGAAUAAGCGCCCAUCAAAGGCGUUCUUUCAAAAGCUUCACCACUAUUAUUCCAACUCAAGACGUAUUUUUUGCAAAUGUUUACUGUUUUGUUGCGAAAUAAACUCUCCUGGAGAAUGAAAAUCCCCAGCCUCGAAUAAACGCCCAAUAUUCAAAUUCAAGUGGAAGAAGAGAAUUUCGUCUUCGUUUGCUUACGUCCGCCAUAAAACGUGAAAUUAGGCACUUUCACGUCGUUGUCGUGCAAUGACGGCAAAGAAAUGUACAAAAAAGCAUGAUGCACGUGCAGAGCUAUUGUUUUAGUAAUCUAAACCUGUUGGUUUUUGAUGUUCUCGUUGACGUCAUCGUCGUCGUCGUCGUCGUUAAGUCUUGAGGUCCCUAAAAGGCUGAUUUAGCAACAGAACGCGAACGUCAUUUGACGACAGGAAAGUGCGCGGAAAGGACUAAACUGGACUUCCGGUGUGCAAUUUCCGGCUUUGCCAUUGGUCAAGCCAGUUGUUUGAUUUGCGCGCGCCGUCGUCAACUGACGCUCACGUUCUGUUGCUAAAUCAGCCUAAUAUCUCACGCAUGACCUUUACGUCAUGUCUUCAUCGACAAAGUCAACCAGAUUUUUCAUUUACAUCAGUGUUUGGUAAGAAACCUUAUACAGGGCAGUUUACAAAUAGGUGCAAUUUUAGACUUGAAAGGUUAACUUGACCUAUUUCUUUUCGUCUCAGAUGGGAUUCCCUUUUUGGAGGAUAGGAACCCACAGCGAUUUGAUCAAUCUGCACCACGCGUUGGACCUGGGACAUCUCUAGUAAUGAUUUACUGCAUAAGUGCUCUUACAUUUGCAACAGCUUUUUGGUCAAAAAGAUGAAGGGGGAGACCGGCUUAUCGAAGAUAAGCGUCACUGUAGUCGUUAAUAUUAUCAUCCACUUUUAGCUUCAAAAGUUGAGAUUGGAAGACGAUUAGUAUCAAGUGCAAGGUGAAAUGGAACUUAAAUUGCAAUCUUUGGGGUUUUAAGCAUACUUUUUUAAAGAUAUAACACGCCAGUAACGGCCAUAAGAGAGUUGAGUUGGAGAUUCUUACGUAGGAGAGCAACAAACUUUGUUUCAGUUAUACUUGCGCCCAUAAUCCUAGGUCGCACCAUGCAGUUAUAUCGCCAUACAUGCCAAGUGUUUGUUUGUACAGCUCUUAUAUUGUAUCAAUAGCAGCAGUUUGUGUGGCGUUUUGUUUCUUAACGUGCAAAUCAUUUAUGGUAGUCAUCAGAGCACAGCUGUCAGCUUAGUGUCCGAAAACUAAAUUAUGGGCUUGUCUUGUAAGUGGCAACAAAUCAAGCUAACGAACGGUGCCCUUCGUAACUGAAUAACCCUACCACUCCCAAAGUUACUAUAAUUCAAGGACAUCCCACGGUUUCUUUUUGUGAAAUAUCGAAAAGCGAAUGGCAUCAUGUGAAAGCACUAUCACAGAGGAUUGUUACCGUAGAAUUUCGUUCACGGCCUAAAAAAGUUAGAACUGUAUACUGAAUGAAUAGAGAAGGUUUCAUUGGAAUUAGCUUGUGAAUACAGCCCUCUCUCUUGGCUCCACGCCCCUAGAAAUGUGUCCAGUGGCGAGGAGCGAGAGGAGAGGGCUGUACUUGCAUGCUACAUUAGAAUGGUCACGCCAUAGGAUUUUACCCACAGACUCAAAAGUUAGAACUACAUGUUAAGAUGGUCUACUUCUAUUUGGGUGAUCGGAGCGUGGUAUUUCGUUCUUGGACUCAACAUUUAGAUUUACAGUCUAUGUUGCUACAACUGAUUGUGGGAGUGGAAGGGUUUAAUAGUUAUACUAGAGUAAUUUUCAAUUGAGUGUCGAAAGUAAUCCGGGAUUGCAUUGGUUUUGCUUUACUCUGCUCUGUGAGUGGUCUAGAAAACUCGCGCCACCUUCUAAGCCAAUCAGAUACAAAACUAAAACCAAUCGCGACUUGGUUACUCGCGUUUUCCCGCGCUUAAGGCCGGUUACAUGCGUUUACUUCGAUUUCUCAUUGGCUCCCUCUGAUAUUUUCAUUUGUUCUAAUUGGCCGUUGGGAUUACUUUGGUUUUGGUUUUACGACACUCAAUCGAAAAGCGCUCUAUUUUAUUAAUGUAUUGUAAUGUAUUGACUUGAUUGAACGUAAAUUGCUUGUUGCGCUUGGUUGACCUUUGUUAAUGUUUUGUCGCUCCACAGACCUUAGCCUCUUUAAGAGGCAAAAAACGCCUUUGACAAAAUUUCCAUUGGGGAAGGUUGAAAGAAAAAACACAUACUGGAAAACGUUAAGAUACAUUUUUCGUUUUUGAAUGCUCACAUUCGCCAACUAAGAGAAUUAUCUAAAUAAAUCAGGUGUUGUAUUUGAAAUUUCUACUCGGAAGCUUGUCUUUUCACUUCAGAUUAAAACAAAUUAAAGUUUCAUCUCUUAACAGGCGCACAUACGACCUUGAACGUUCUUUAGAUCUCGUAUUUUAUCACCAGACACUGUUCAUUGUAAUAGAGCCCUUCACUCUUUAGAAUGCCUGUUAAAAAAAUUAAAAUUAAAAACGCUUGUUAGGAAAAGCCACAAUCACAGGGAGCUGUGUUGUAGGGAGCUUAAGUAACUACGCACGAUGACGUUGGCGAAAACGUUUUUUGAAAAGUGAAUUCAUGCUGUUUCAAAAUUCAUCGUUCUUAUUCCAUGGUGAAUUUCUGGAGUUGAGUUCUAAAGGACUGUAUCUAA